UGACAGCCACUCUCAUUUCCACUGUAGCCCUUAAAAACCUGCAUCAUUGAUUGGGUUAUCCAACUUGACAGGUAUUAUGGAACACUGGAUGGGUAAAAGAAUCCGAUACGAAUUUUGAGUGGAGCCUGAGGGUAUAGCUACUGUGCACAAGACAGCAGGAAGGAUAGAACAAAACCUCCAGCAGAAACAGAAGGGAAGAGCAGACACACACCAGCAGUGCUACAGGGAAACUGAGAUGAAGGAGUUGCUUCAGAUAGCUGAUCAGCUUCCCUGGAUUUCGCUGACGCCACAGGAAAGCUUUGCCUGAAGAUGGAAACACUGGAGUCGGAACUGACCUGCCCUAUCUGUCUGGAGCUGUUUGAAGACCCGCUGCUGCUGCCUUGCGCUCACAGCCUCUGCUUCAAUUGCGCACACCGCAUCCUGGUCUCCCACUGCGCCACCAACGAGCCCGUGGAGUCUAUCACCGCCUUCCAGUGCCCAACCUGCCGCUAUGUCAUCACCCUCAGCCAGCGCGGUCUAGACGGGCUCAAGCGCAACGUCACCCUGCAGAACAUCAUCGACAGGUUUCAGAAAGCCUCAGUCAGCGGGCCCAACUCCCCCAGCGAAACCCGCCGGGAGCGGGCGUUCGAUAGCAACAGCAUGUCGUCCUGUGAGAAGGUCCUCUGCCAGUUCUGCGACCAGGACCCUGCCCAGGAGGCAGUGAAAACCUGCGUCACCUGCGAAGUGUCCUACUGUGAGGAGUGCCUGAAAGCCACUCACCCCAACAAGAAGCCAUUCACCGGGCACCGUCUCAUCGAGCCCAUACCAGACUCUCACAUCAGAGGAUUAAUGUGCUUGGAGCACGAGGAUGAGAAAGUUAACAUGUACUGUGUGACUGAUGACCAGUUAAUCUGUGCCUUGUGUAAGCUGGUUGGGAGACACCGUGACCAUCAGGUGGCAGCUUUAAGUGAGCGCUACGACAAGCUAAAGGAAAUAACCCCAUCCUGGAGUCCAGACCUUGCUGAGAAUUCAGAAGCUGUGGCAGUAUCUCUCAGUAGUGACAUGAUAGGCCAGCAAAAUUUGGAAAGUAACCUCACCAACCUUAUUAAGAGGAAUACUGAACUGGAAACUCUCUUGGCAAAACUCAUUCAGACCUGUCAACAUGUAGAAGUAAAUGCAUCCCGCCAAGAAACCAAGCUGAUGGAAGAAUGUGACCAGCUCAUUGAAAUAAUCCAGCAAAGACGACAAAUAAUUGGAACCAAAAUCAAGGAAGGAAAGGUGGUGAGGUUGAGAAAACUGGCUCAGCAGAUUGCAAACUGCAAACAGUGCAUCGAGCGCUCCACAUCCCUCAUCUCUCAGGCUGAACAGUCGCUGAAGGAGAACGACCACGCUCGCUUCCUGCAGACUGCUAAGAAUAUCACUGAAAGGGUUUCCAUGGCAACUGCAUCCUCCCAGGUUCUAAUUCCUGAAAUUAAUCUCAACGAUACUUUUGAUACUUUCGCACUGGAUUUUACCAGGGAGAAGAAACUGUUGGAAUGUCUUGAUUACCUUACAGCUCCCAACCCACCUACCAUUCGAGAAGAACUAUGUACAGCUUCUUAUGACACUAUUACUGUCCACUGGACAUCGGAUGAUGAGUUCAGUGUGGUGUCUUAUGAGCUGCAGUACACCAUCUUCACUGGACAAGCUAAUGUUGUUAGUUUAUGCAACUCAGCCGACAGCUGGAUGAUUGUUCCCAAUAUCAAACAAAACCACUACACAGUGCACGGGUUGCAGAGUGGCACUAAGUACAUCUUCGUUGUUAAGGCAAUUAAUCAGGCAGGCAGCAGAAGCAGCGAGCCCGGCAAGCUCAAGACAAACAGUCAGCCAUUUAAGCUGGACCCCAAAUCUGCUCAUAGAAAACUGAAAGUGUCUCAUGAUAAUUUGACAGUGGAACGUGAUGAAACAUCCUCCAAGAAGAGUCACACGCCAGAGCGGUUCACGAGUCAAGGGAGCUAUGGAGUAGCUGGCAACGUGUUCAUUGACAGCGGGCGGCAUUACUGGGAAGUGGUUAUAAGUGGAAGUACAUGGUAUGCUAUUGGCAUCUCUUACAAGUCAGCACCAAAGCAUGAGUGGAUCGGGAAGAACUCUGCCUCCUGGGUGCUUUGCCGCUGCAACAACACCUGGGUGGUUCGGCACAACAGCAAGGAAAUCCCCAUUGAGCCUGCUCCUCACCUGCGGCGGGUCGGCAUUCUGCUGGACUAUGACAACGGCUCCCUUGCUUUCUAUGACGCUUUGAACUCCCUGCACCUUUACACCUUCGACAUCACGUUUGGACAGCCGGUGUGCCCCACGUUCACUGUGUGGAACAAGUGCUUGACCAUUAUAACUGGCUUGCCUAUCCCUGACCACCUGGACUCCUCUGAGCAGCUCGCAUGACUGCUAAAAGCCAAAAGGUAGGGCGAUGCAUCCUCCCAGGGUGGUCAGGACGCUGCCUGCAUGAGCUUGCCUGGAGCUGGCAUCCCAACUAUCGCUGCCAAACCCAGGCAGAACUGAAAACGAGAGAAUCAUCUCUUUAUUGUGUACUUUUUGUAUGGAAGGACAAGAAGUGGCUUUAAUAAUACCUUAGAACUUUUUUUUGUCCUGUUGUUUUUGUUUGUUUGGGUUUGUACUUAGUCUCUUACAGGAAAGUUUAUAACUUAUUUAUAAAAAAAAAAAAAGGAAGGAAAAAAAAAGUUCAAAAAAAAAAAAGGAGACAGAGAUAAGGGAAAGCCUGGUUUGGACACUUGGUAAAUGACUUCUUUGUUUUGCACAUUGGUGGUCCCAUUAAUUAAAAUUUCAUCAGCCCUUGACAUAAUUUUAUUUUACAGUGGAUAAAAGGAGGAAAUUUGAAGGAUGAAAGUGACAUGAUGGACAAGUCAGUAUGCUGCAGGUUUUACCUUUGCCAAUAUUACCACAGCCAUUACCAGUCUUAUUGAGUGUGAGAUCUCCUGAUCCCUGCUUUGCACAUGAGAGCAUGCAGACCAAAAAAAGAACAGAAAGAAACAAGAAAGGAAGCUGAGGUAGCCAAGACAGCAAAAGGAGAAAGUUCACAGGGCAGUGCUCCCUCUCUUCAUUAAAAAACCCCAAAACGUUUAACAUCUCCUAGAAUGUGAGUGCAUAAAUCAUCUGAUGAUUUAUUUUGUUGAUGGCAACAUUCCCAUCUUCCAGUGCUUCGCUUUCAUCUUUGGGAAACAUUGUAGAAUCACUGAGGAUGUGAAAGACUGAUCCCAUCUCCAAGAACCAGCGACACUGAAGGAGAGCAGCCGAUCCAAGGUCUGACUGUAGACUAACUCGAUAAAGCCCGGCGUCAUUUAAGGACUGAUUGCAACAGAAGAUGUCACGGUUCUGGUGGCAAGCAUAUGAAUGUUAUUGCUGUUUUUACCAGCUUCCAAACAGCAAGCCUAGCCAACAGCUUGGAAGGAAGGCAUGCUCCACUUUAUCAUCGAUUUUAACACAAACACCAAUAUUUCAUUGUCACACUCGGCAUGGGCUCUAUAACAAACCAAGGAAAUCUGUUUUCCCAUGUGCUUUAUGAAGAAAUGCUGCAGCUGGAGUUUGCUCGUAACUGUCCUUGUCCUGGGUUGUUUGGGAAAGCACAGGUGUCUUUGUGAAUAAGGAGUAAACAGCAAGUUUUGAGCAGCAGUAAGAAUUUGCACAAGCAGGCUGUGUGUUCAUCCUGGCGGUGGUGGAUGUACUUCAGUGGAGGCAAUAGAGGUUGUUCCAUGUUUAUCUCAGAGCUGAAUCAGGUGCAUCAUUUUGUUGGUUUUCCUCCUACAGAUUAGAAGCCCUUUGUAAUUACUGCAAUGCUUAUAUACAAAUUUAUCUCAGAGCUGAAUCAGGUGCAUCAUUUUGUUGGUUUUCCUCCUACAGAUUAGAAGCCCUUUGUAAUUACUGCAAUGCUUAUAUACAAAUGAUCCUUUGGGGAGAUGCUCGAGGUGUAUGACAACUCAUAACAAAUGGUUUUCCCACAGUGUUUCAUUGUUACUGUGCCUACACUGCCUGUGUAGGAAAAGGAUAAACUGAAUAUCUGCUCUAAGGAAAGAAUUGCUUAGUAAUUUAUCACAAUGCUUUAGGUAUCUUUUGAACAGGAUGCCUUAAUGCACUUUGUUAACUAACAGGUCCAAAACAAACUCUUCCCAAGCUCAUCUUCAUACUUACAAAAUUCUGACUCUCCAGGUACAGAUCUGUACUACAACUCGCUUUAUAAUGAUGUAGAAAACGUGUGAUCAAGGUGCAGAAUACAUACAUACCUAUUUAGCUGGGGGGGGUUUGUUUGUUUUUAUUUUUGAGUAGAAAAUAAAUACCUAUCCAUGCUCCUUUGAUUUCCCUUUGCAAGCUCUGCUCCCUGCUGAAUUAAACAGAGAGAAUUCUGGCAGUACAUUGAUGGUACCAUGACUUUGUCUGGGGCAGCAUCCCAUGGUUUGCAGGUAGGAGACACUGAUCUUUCCAGAGUUGACAUAAAUAAGGGGAAAUGUGUGUGUAUAUAUAGUGAACUGCAGUGUUUAUCAUAGUCUUUUGUAAUUAUGAAAUGUAUACCUUCAAAAUCAAGAAGCAAAUCAGUCCCUAAAGGUUUGAUUUUAUAACUGAGCACAACUGUUACCGAUACAAUCUGGUAUAUGUUGCUCAGGUGAUCUAGCCUGGGAGGCAUGAAAGUUGUUAGGAGUUGAUGGGAGAUGUCUGAUGCAAAGAAGUGAUUUAAAAAUGUAGAUGGAAAAGAAUCUUAACCUAGAAAUAUUGCCAAGUUUCUGCCUAAAAAAAAAAGGUAUAUUACCAAAGUACAUAUAACAAAGCUGUCUAUGUUCUCUCUUGCCCCCAAAUAUUAAAGCUAUAAGCUGAUUUCAGUAGAGGACAAACUGUAAAAACUGUUCAGUGUUUGGCCAUACAAUAUUGGCAAAGAUUGAGCUGGAUUGUAGUAGUAUGAUGAAUGAUCUCGCAUCUUUUCACUGUAAAAGUAGACCCUGAGUCUAAAGACAGAUCGUGGGUUUGGUCAGUAGGAAAAGAAUGGUCUGCUAUCUCCAGGCCUUGCUGUUAGCAUUUUUCUUUUAACAUAGAAUACAUCCUU